AAAAUCAACAUAUAUUUCUCAAAAAUUAUAUAAUUAUAUGUUGUACAAUUUUGUAAUAUAUUUUUUGUAACAUUAAUAUUUAUGUGUAUUAUAUAAUAAUUCUCAAAAAAAAAAAAAAAAAAAAAGAAAAACAAUUUAUUUUUAAAACAAUCACCAUUUUAUUGUAAUAUUAUUUAUUUAUCAUCAAAUAUUUGUAUAUUUAUUUAUUUAUUUAUUUAUUUAUUUAAAAUUGUAAUAUAAAAUUGUAAUAUAAAAUGACAUUAAGUACAUUAUUAUUUAUUGGGGAACCAAUAUUUUUAGUUGAUCAACAUUUAACAUUAAUAGAGCCAAUUUCAAAGAGAAUAUAUUCCGAUAAUAUUAUAAAAAAUGCAAAUAGAAUAGGGCAACUAAAUCAGUCAGUUUUAGAGAUUGAAUUAGAAAAUGGAACCAAAAUAUUAAUUAAACCAAAUUAUCAUAUACAAAUAACCGAAUGUUGUACAUAUAGAUUUGGAACAUCACAUCAAUAUGGUAUAUUAACAGGAAAAAUCCCAUUUGAGGAUAAUAAAAUUCUUCAAGCUAAUAAUAAUAACUCAAAAAUAACUUUUGAAAUAAAAAUAUCACCACAUAUUAUGACCAAUCUAUUAGCAGCAGCCAAUAAUAGUAUGCUCAAUAAUGAUAUAAAUCAAUCAAUAAUAUCCCAACAAAACACCAAAACUGAUAUCAAAAAAGAAAUAAGAAUGAAUGAAAAGAAUAGUGAUAAAAUAUCAUCGUCAAUUUCAAUUAUUGAUUUAAAGAGUGAACAACUACAACAAACAAUGGCCAAUAGCAAUAGAGAAAACCAAAACCAAAACAAUUUAUUUGAAUAUUUUAUUAAACCAGGCCAAUAUGAAUUGACCAAAUGCAGAAAUUCCAACUCUUUUGAAAUCGAAUCAAAACACAAAAACUAUAGCAUCGAAUACGACUAUGUUUCCAAUAAGGUUACAAUUAAAUCAAACAAUUCGUUUUUAGGGAAUUCAUGCCAAAUGGAUAUUGAAGAAUUUAAUAAUACCUACGAAGUUGUAAUUUAUAAUACAUAUGGAAUUCAAACAAUCAAUCAUGACAACUGUGAAGAUUUUAUAAAAAUUAAAAGCAAAUCCAACGAUAGGGAGAAAAUUAUAAAGAAUAUAAAUGAUUGUAAAGAACUCUUCAAAAAGGAAUUAACCAUCAAUAAAGAAAAUAUAGAACUAUUUGACUCAAUAAUUUCAGAUUUUUGCAAAACCAAAGAUAUUAGUACCGAUAUCAUCGUAAAGAAGAAUCCUUUUCUUAUGGAACCACUGUAUGAAAUUUCAAAACUUUACGAAUCUAUUAAUCUUAUAAAAACACCCCAAGAAAUUUUACAUCAAAUGUUAUACGAAUACCAUUAUCAAAUUCUUUUGGGAAAAAGAGUUCAUGACCCGCUAACCCAUCUAGCAAGGAAAAUGGAUAUAUUUAAUUCAACUAUUUUACACAUUGAUUCAAUUUUAAAAGAAUCAAAAGAAACCAUUCUAUUAUUUGGCAACUAUGAAAACUGUAAAAGAAAAGUUAUUUCAUUUUUAAAAGAUAAUAUUAACCAAUCAAACUCUGCCAGUACAACAAGUAGUAGCAGCUUAAAUAGCUCAAGUGGAAGUAUUUCAAGUGGCAAGUUUCAUUAUCAACAUGGUUUUCAUAAUAAUUUAUCUAUUCAAGAGAAUUUUUCUACACACGGAUUUCAUAUUAUAAACUCUCCAUUUAAAAAAUGGUCAAUUUUCAAGUGUCCCACUUUUAAUGAAAUUAGAAACGAUAUUAACUCUAGCCAAUCCAUUGAUUAUAUUGUUGAAAGAGCAAGACAAAUCAAAUGUUUAUUAAUCGCAAUUCCAUUUAAAGACUUUUUCGUUGAUAAUGGUAACAAAGUAAUCGAAACUAUUGAAUCGUUCAAAGAAAGAUUUCCAUUCACAUUUGACCGUUCAAACCACCCAGAAUCCCAACAACAAGUACAAUUAAUUAUCACUGGUAUUGAAUCUUCAAGUAUAGCCGCUUCAAAUUUACCAAAUACUAGUGUUAAAUUGAAAUUAGAGCACCGUAUUAAACAAUUGACCGAACAAUUAACCAAAACUAAAGAAAUUUUAUCAAACAAUCCAAACAGUAAAUCAAAAGACUAUCAAUUAUGUUCAUGUUUAAAAAAAGAAAACUUUUUUUUACAAAUAUUAGAAAUGGAAAAAAACAAUCAAAUCCAUUACUUUGAAGCAUCAGUAUUUAAGAGAAUUCCAUUAUUAAAAUCGAUUGACUCAGCCUCACCAUUUUCAAGUGUUCAAUAUAAAUCAACAAUGAAUAACUCUAUAAUGCAACACAGAUUAUAUCAAUCAUUAGAAAUUUUUGCUUUAACAUGGACCAACAUCUUAAGCAAAUUCUUACAUUCAGAACAACUUAUAUAUGAACAAGAGUGUAACAACUACAAUAUCCAUCUUGAGAUUGAAAAGGUCAAAAACAAAUUACAAAAAUCAAAUAAUGAACUCUUUGAACUUCGUCAAAGAGAGGCUAUCCACAAAAAGAAUCUCAGAGAACUAUUAAGGAUCAGGGAGAAUGCCAGUAACCAAAAUGCUGAAAUUAAAAACGACAUAUGUAAACGUGCACAUGACAAAUGCAAGGAAAGAGUGUAUGCAUUAAAAGGGGAAUUACAAAAUACAAGCAACAAUCCAUUAGAUUGUUCUUUAAUUUUUAUUCAACAUAUUGGUAAUGGUGCAAACGGUGCAGAUUCAAUCAAGCAAUAUAUUGAAGGUGAAAUUAAAAGAAUUGAAAACGACGAAUAUGAAAAAGAACUAGAGGAUUGUAUUAAAUAUGAAACAAAGAAACUAAUGAAAAGAAAAACUGAAAUAAAGAAUGAAGAAAUAGUAGUCGAAGAUUUAUCAAAAAAGCAAAUCGAUCUAGAAAAACAAAUACUUUUAAAUUUAGACUCUAUCCAACUUAUCAAAAAUAAAAAGAAGAGUUUAGAAUUUGUUUUAUUGACCAAAAAUGUUAAAAAUAGUGUAUUGGUUGAAAAAAUUAUAACCGGACUUUCAAAUUUCAAUUUAAGCUACACCAAUAAUUCAAAUAACAACUUUAAUAUUUUUAUCAAUCAAACCUCUGUAAAUAACCAAAAUAUAGAUGACCACAAUAUAGUAGUUACAUUUUUAGAAUCUAUAGAUAUCAGUGAUACCGAUAGUAUGUAUAGUAUUAAUUCAAGUAUGAACAAUCUCAGUUUUUCUGGUUCAUCAGUCAGCACAAAUAGCAGCAGUGGCCAUCAUAACUAUGCCUCUAUUGGCAGCAUUAGCAAAGAAAAAAAUAUAUUUAAAACCUAUUUACAAACCCAUAAUCAAUAUCAAUUGGUUGUAAAAGAUAAAAAAAACAAUAAUUAAGUUUUUUUCAAAAUAUAUAUAUUAAUUUAUUAAAAAAACCCUUGUAAAUAAAAAUAGAGAAUCUAAUUUUUUUUUUUUAAUUAAAAAAAAAGAUUAAUAUUUAUUGUUGUAUUGUAUAAU